AUGAGUCCUCCCUCUCAGGAUACGACUCCCCAGACAAACUCUCCUCCAUCCGCCUAUCUGAUACUCCCGGCCGAGCUGCGCGCGAUGAUAUGGCGCCUCUUGCCCGAUCCCGACGUCGCGACGUUCAGCCGGACGUCCCGCGACAGCUACGCAGAGGUCAAAGGUCGCCUCGAUGGGCAGAGCACAUUCAUCGAUUCCGCCAAUAGCUUCUCAUGGGACAAGGAGCUACUUGCUGCCAAUCCGGCAGUGAAGGAGUGCACCCCUCGCCAGGACCACAAGUGGCGCAAGGCGCGCAGUGAGCAAAGAGCCAAACUGACUGCGUUCACUUUUCUGAUCCGGAACCUGGAGUCGCAGAUACAAGAGCGACGUCAGCGGGGUGACCAGGACAUCAGUGAUCCCUACCAUACCGUUCUGCAGUGGACCUGCUCCAAAGACACCGCAAGUCGUCAGCGUACGCCCAAACUCAACUCGAUGCACUACGUAAUCGAUGAACCGUACUCGCACGAUGGAACCGAAGACCCUGCUGCCGCUGCUGCUGCUGCUAAGCGCAUCCACCAGCUGCAAGCCUGCCUUCGCAACUCUUUUGCGUGCUCCGACAUCGACUAUCUCUCCGUGGUCUGCGGGCCACGGGGAUUUGAAGCUCUGUUAUGGCUCGGGUCACAUGGGAUGGACUUGAUGGGCGUACGUCCGAGUCGCGAGGCGUCAACAGUUGUUGCUCAGCUCCAGAGGGGGACCUCGCUCGAUUUUGAUGAGGAGCUGUACGUCAACCUCCCGGCGUGUUCAAGAGCGCCGAGCACUGUCGUUAUGCUCACUGGUUCGGACGAUCGUCGCGGCUUUCACUUUUCUGAUACGCCUCCCGGGAACGCCGACGCCGACGCCAACUCUGCAAACGGGCACGGUCAUCUCGAAACACUCUGCAAGAGACUCGCUCUUGUAUCCACCAAGUUCAAGAAGGGAAAGACGCGUCUCUCGCUUGGUCCGAUCGACCGGUGGGACCUGACCAAGUUUGGCAUGCACGCCGAUACGCCGCAGGAGGAAGUCAACGUGACCAUAGGGGGGACGAUCGAGAGGUUCCGGACCGACGAGACGCGACGCACAUGUCCCGGCUGGGACUUCAUUGAAUCUACCGAUGUCGCCCGUGACAGGCUGUAUCCCGAGAGCCGUGGGCGGUACAAGGGUGUGCUCGAUGAGUGA